AUGGCAAAGGCAUCAAAAUCAACAAUACAAACAUUUAGUCUAGAUGAUGUCGUUUACGAGGACGAAACGGAAACAGCAGAUGAGCAAUACGAGUUAGUAGAAGCACAAAGUGAUCCAUUAGAUGCAAUUGACUUUGAUGAUGAGCCACAAAACAUUAAAGUUGAGCCAGAUGUUGACUUUGAGUACAUGGAAGAUCCACAAGAUGAUAAUGAUGAUGAAAAUGCCGAAUAUGUGAUAACAGAAAUUAACGAUCCGUCAGCAUACUCAAAUAUUGUGGAUCUUCAGCCUGUAGAUCCAGAACCGUCAUCAUCAAAGUAUGUCUGUAAUGUCUGUGGGAAGUGCUUUCAAUACCUGCGUAGUUAUAAUCAGCAUAGAUUGACUCAUGCCUUGAGAACGGACGUAACAGAAUGUGAAAUUUGUCAUAAGGAACUUAAAAGGACAGCACUUGAAUAUCAUAUGAAGUAUAGACAUAUCGAUGCUAGGAAUUAUAAAUGUGAAGUUUGUUUGAAUCGGUUCAAGUCACCAGGUGCAUUAAGACAUCAUAUUGCGACCUUCCAUCCACGUGAAGGAUAUGAUUGUGAUGAAUGUGAGCGGGUCUUUAAGACAAGGUUCUUUUUGAAUAAGCACAAGGAGGAAGUCCAUGUGUUCAAGCCUAUAGUCAUAACGAAGUUUGAUUGUCAAUACUGCAACAAGGUCUUUAAGAAUCAAGGACAAUUGACCUUACAUAUUGGAAUUAUGGGAAAGAAGCUUGGAAAAUGUCGUGACACUUUGAACUCGUAG